AUGACCGAGCCAAAAAGACUAUUAGUAACAGGUGGUUGUGGCUUUAUUGGUGCUAAUUAUGUAAAUUUUGCCUUUAAUUACUGGCCAAACGCUUUCAUUGUCAAUUUGGACAAACUUAUCCUGAAUAGUGAUAUCAACUAUGUAGCUGAAAAUGUCCGCAAUUCCGACCGGUACAAGCUGGUUCUGGCUGAUAUUUGUAACAAAGCUGUGGUUAAGGACGUCUUGGAGACUUAUAAUGUAAGUUAUUAGAUUUUUACGUCGAAUACUGUUAAAAAUGUGGCAUUAUAAGUAGACCUAUGAAAGAGCUGGGCCAGAUCUAACUUUUUGGUCUAGUCUGGACCAUUUUUUUUUACGUCUUAUCAACAAAAACCCUAAAAUUAAAAAUUUUUAAAAUCAAGACACUUUACCAUAAAUUAAGCGUUUCCUUUAAAGAUUGACACAAUCAUCCACUUCGCAGCCGACUGCACCUCAACCCGCUGCUACAAUGACCCAUGUGAAGCCCUUGAAAACAAUGUCUUCUCAUACAUCAACUUCCUUGAAGCUGUGAAAGAAUACAACAAGUUGACCAAGCUUAUCCACAUCUCGACUGAUGAAGUUUAUGGAGAUUCUGAAUUGACUGACGAAGAAACUGGUAAAACUGAAGAAGAACCAAUGAAGCCAGGUAAUCCCUAUGCUGCUACAAAGAUCGCUGCUGAACACUAUGCCAACUUGUAUCGUCAGAGCUACAGACUUCCGAUUACUAUCUUGAGGAUCAACAAUAUUUAUGGUCCUAAUCAGUGGGAUGUUAAGGUAAGAUUAGCAAUAUUGUAUGUACUGCUGAAAGUUUUAAAAAAUUUUUUGGGUUAAUGAGUACAGAAUUAUGUGAGCAAACUAAUACUAAUUUUGUAAGCUUAUCAAGCAAAUGUUAUAGCUUGUACCACGUUUCAUCGAUGUAGCUCGCAACUGCCAAAAGUUCACUGUUCAAGGUACUGGAAAGCAGUUAAGGUCUUGGUUGUACGUCGACGACGCUGCCAGAGGCAUUUGUUUAGCAGCUGUAAAAGGAAAGCUUGGAGAGGUUUACAAUCUGGGAACGUACUAUGAAAAAAACGGUAAAUUAUUUUAAAAAAUGAACUUUUAAUUUAGUUCUUAUCAACAGGUAUCAGACUACCACAACCCACUUUUCUUGUAUAGGGCCUUAGUACUCUUAAAACAGAUAAUGCGGUAUUCUUUCUUUUGUUUUCUAAACUUUAAGCUUAAUUUUAAAAUUUUAAAUUAUGACAUGUAGGUAUAGGUAUAGGGCUUGUAUAACUUUUAUUAUUUUAGUAUUGGAACUUGCCCACUGUGUUCAAGCUGAAGUUGAUAAACAAUUAGGACGUGAGCCUCGACCAGUCGAAUUUAUUUCUAUCCCUGACAGACCUUACAACGAUCUGCGUUACCUUAUUGACAUUUCCAAGGCCAAGAGAGAACUAGACUGGGAGCCAGUUUUUCCGUUUGAUGAGGGUAGGCUGUUAUCAUCAUGAUGAGUCUCAAAAAAAAAGAAAUUAUUACGUAUUUUACGUUAAUAUUGCUCUUUUUGUAUAAGGUCUGAUUUAAAAUAAAGCUUUUAGUUAAUAAAAAGUAAUAAGUAUGGUUUUAGGUCUCCGCCGAGUAGUCGAAUCCGCCUUGAAGCCUCAUUUGCCACAGAAGAUGUAUGUCAUCAUUUAUGGAGGCAAUGGCUGGGUAGGACAACAAAUCCAGGCUGAGCUACAAAAGCGACAGAUCCCGUUUGCUUUGGCUGAUGCUAGAGUUGGUAGGGUUACUGAUCAAGAGGUAGGCUUGCCUUUUUAUCGCAAAUUUUUUUCUUUUACAUUAUCCCCUCUCUGGCAAAAAAAAUAAUUUUUUACCCUUUCCAUUCCACAGGGAGGAAAGAAUCAUCUGCCUUGUUUUGAUAACAAUUAUAAGGCCAAGAUAAUAUAAGCGCCAUAGUAUAACAUAACCAACCGAUAAAAUCUUUUAAGGUAGAACAAGAACUCUUAAAACUCCGUGGUACUCAUGUUCUGAAUGUGACUGGUCGUACUCAUGGUGGAGGAGACAAGACUAUUGGAUAUUUGGAAGGUGGACCAGAAAAGACAAAUGAAAACGUACGAGACAAUCUUUACUGUCCAGUAAAGUUGGCACAAAUUGCUAGAAAACUUGGUUAUCACUACACUUACGUAGGUACUGGGUACUUGUUUGCCUAUGAUCAGGAACAUCCAAUUGGUGGAAAGGCUUUUGGUGAAGAAGGUGAGGCUUUUCAGAGACUUAAAGACUUUACACUAUAUAUUAUAUGUUGUUCAAAUAAUUCUGUGCCACUGACCCCAAAAAUUGUUUUUAAAAGUAGGCACAGAAUUAUUUGAAUAACCUAAUAAUAUGUACCUUUUCACUAAUGUGUAAUAAAAUUUACUUUCAGAUGUCCCAACCUUCUUCGGCAACUCAUAUUCUGUGGUCAAAGGCUACACUGACAGAAUGAUCAACUCAUUUUACUGGCCUGAACUGAUCAACGCCAGAAUUACCUUGCCAAUCAACUUUGAACUCAACGAUGACAGAAACUUGUUGAGCAAGAUUUUAACUUACAAGUAAGUAACUUAUCUUUUAUUAUUAACUGGGAGUAAGUAAACCAGGCCCUUCCUUCACAGGUCGAUAACCUUUAAGCUGCUAAAGCUAAAACCAGGCCAAUAAAAACGUUUUAUACACAAAAAUAGUGUAAAGAGUUAAUGAGUUUACUAAACCUAAUGAUAAUGUAAAAUACGAAAAGGCAAAUUAGUGUUUUAGACAAAUCUUUGAUGUACCAGUAUCAAUCACCAUCCUUCCUGAUUGUAUCCCGAUUCUGUUGGACUUGAUGGAACAAAGACACUCAGGACCAUUAAACUUGGUCAAUCCUGAACCCAUCAGCUUGCAUCAGAUACUACAGUUGUACAAAAAGGUAUUUUUUAGCUAUAUUUAGUAGCGGCGGGGUAAUUUUGUUUUCACUUUAGACAAAAGAAAGUUUAAAAAAUUUUAAAAUGAUUUUUUGCUAUUUUUUUUAUUUUUUGUUUUUCCUGAGGCAACUCAAAAGUAAACUUGAAGCAUAACCAAACUAAUAAACUCAUAAACAAUCAUUCUCUUCAGCACGUUGACCCCUCCCUUCCCGAAUAUUCGGUGGUUGGAGUCGAUUCUCCAAAAGGACAAGAACUCAUGGCUACAAAAGGAAACUGUGCUUUGGAUACGUCCAAGUUGGAAAAGGUAUCUAAAAUCAAGCCCUCAUCCGAAUCUCUCAUUCAACAUUUUCAAAAACUGAAGGAAAUACAGGAACGCGGUCAAGCAUAA